GUCUACCAAUGAACGUUAGCAUGACCUGAUAUAUAUUUAUGAGCGAAGACUUCGCAACAACCCACCAACGCAAAACCGAACCAAGUGCAAAGCACAUUGAAACUUUGCUGUGGCUGCAGCGGACAGGACACUUACAGCACCGUGUCCCACAGAAAGAGCUAUUCCCGGGUUUAUUGGAGAACAAUGGCAGACCGUUCCAACUGUUUUUACUGUCGCGAGGACCUCAGUGGAAAGAAGUUCGUGAGGAAAGACGAGAAGCAAGUCUGCGUGCGAUGCUUUGACAAGUUCUGCGCCAACACCUGCACUGAGUGUCGGCGCCCAAUCAGCACCGAGUCUAAGGAGCUUCACCAUAAAGGGCGGUACUGGCACUCAGAUUGUUUCCGAUGUGCAAAGUGCUAUAAGAACCUGGCCAAGGAGUCUUUCACCUCCAAGGAUGACAAGAUCCUGUGUGGGACGUGUAGCUCACGUGUGGACGCCCCUCGCUGCCAUGGCUGCUACAAGCCCAUACUGGCAGGCACUGAGAAUGUGGAAUACAAAGGCAACUCAUGGCAUGAUGAGUGUUUCAUCUGCUAUCAGUGUCAAAAGCCAAUCGGCUCCAAAAGUUUCAUAACAAAGAACAACAACAUCUACUGCAGCCCUUGCCACGAGAAGAAAUUUGCCAAACAAUGUGCUUGCUGUAAGAAGCCCAUUACCACAGGAGGUGUGAAUUACCAGGACCAGCCGUGGCAUUCAGAGUGCUUUGUGUGCUCCUCCUGCCGAAAGCCUCUGGCUGGCACCAGCUUCACCUCCCAUGAGGAAAAGGUCUACUGUGUGGACUGCUACAAAAGCACUGUGGCCAAAAAAUGCAGCGGCUGCCAGAAUCCCAUUACAGGAUUUGGCAAGGCUACGAACGUAGUGAACUAUGAGGGUGGCUCUUGGCACGAUUACUGCUUUAACUGUAAGAAAUGCUCCCUCAACCUGGCAGACAAGCGCUUUGUAGCUCGCAAUGGAGACAUUUACUGCUCUGACUGCUCCAAGAAACUGUAAGCGCCCGCUCACCACGGAGACGCAGAAAAGUGAGAUUAAUUCAGAAAAAAUAUCAGCAUUCAUUUCAAUUUAUACAGAAAUCCCACAUAAGUAUUGACAAAGGCUUCUGUUAUGUUGGUUCUGGCUUCUUUAUGAGGGGAGUUUGAUAUUUCCUGUGAGAAAUUUGACGUUUACCUAGAGGCUUUAAUGGGAAAACUUAUCCUCUCUCUUUCCAAUGGCCCAUUUGUCUCAGGAAAGAUAGUGAGAAAGGAUGAAAGAUGGAUAAUGAAGAGAGGUGAGAAGAAUUUGAGAGGUUGUUAGAGAUUUAUUGCCGGUACAUCUGUGUUUCAGAAGGACUCAUUUCAUUUUAUCUAAUCUAGCUUUGUGUUUAUAACGUUUAAAUCUGUAACAGCUUGUAAUCGUGGCCGCUGAACUUUACAGUACUAUGUGUUUUUGGUAUCUUUUAGAUUGCUUCUUUGUGAUUUGAAAUACUAAUUGUACAUUUUAUGUCAUUGACAUAUAAAAACCCUUACUGGAAAAAAUUUAAAUGUGUAGCUUUUGUCUAUUUUUACUUACACAUUCUCCUUGCUGUAAUUAAAAUGAAAACUUUUUUAUUUUACCACUGUAUGAUCUGAGAAAAAUAAAGUUGAGAUUCUGAGAAAA